UGUCUGUCCCGGCAGCCGGAAUUUCUGCAGCUCCAGAAGGGUGAUUUUUGUCAGCAGAUGAGUGAAGGAAGCAGACAAGUAUUGUGGGGGCUGCUGGGGUUUGUUUUAUGUGGUGAUUGGUGCAGGGAUACGUAGGGCGGAGUGAGGCGGCGGCGGUACCAGGCCCGACCGGCAGCAGUGCCGGGGGCUGUGAGUGACUAGGUGAUUGGAGCUGAGAGUCUACGCGCGCGCGGGGAGACGCUCAGGCAUCGCGGUGAAGGAAGCGGGCUGGCAGCUGAAUGUGGCCUUGGUGGCGCGAUCUGGAUGAACGGACCGUGACGGCCAAUCGGACAGGUAAGACUUCCAGUUUCAAAGAUGCCGCUCUUUGGGGAAAUUGUUGUUAUUAAAAGGAAUGGGACCGAUGGAAUCCAUUUUCCACUCACUGCAAGUUCUUGUUUAUUUGGAAGGAAAACGGAGUGUGAUAUCCGCAUACAGCUGCCUCAGGUCUCAAAAGAACAUUGUAAAAUUGAAGUCAAUGAGAACAAGGAGGCAAUCUUGAUUAAUUUAAGUACUGUAAAUCCAACGCAAUUGAAUGGUAACAGUUUUCAGCAACCUGCACAUCUGAAGCAUGGAGAUGUGUUCACUAUUGUUGAUCGUUCUUUCAGGUUUGAAUAUCCUCCUCAAUCCACUCCAAAAAAGAGACUUUCUAGAACUCCAAAAAAUGAAACCCUACAGGUUCUUCAUGUUCAGCAGGUGGCAGAAGUGGAAUUACAGAGCCCAACAUCUAAAAGUCCUCAUACGUCUGAUAAAAACAGAGAAUGUGAAGGCCAAAAUUUUGGUGAAAAUGACAAGCAAAGCACUGAGGAAGAUAUUUCCAGAGUUGUACCAGCCAAACAACAUGCAACAUCUAAAUCAACAUACAGAACAGCUAAAUCUAACAGAAGAGAAAAUGAGAUGUCUCCUUUUAGCAAACUUUAUGAAUUGUUGAAAAACGAGAUUGAUGUGAAAACACAGAAAGAUGGCAACGAAGAGAUACCUAUGCCACGACAUGCAGAGACUAAUGCCCAGCAAAUUUCAUUAUUGAUAUUUUCAUCUGGUCAAGAGACCCAAACUAAGGAAAAAGAGACAAUCAUUGGUGAAAAUAUUGAACAGUCUAAAGUUAAAGAACAAGAAAUAAAUGAUGUGGAACUUAAUCAGAUUUCUACUGAAGGAAAUAGUUCUAAGACCAAUGAAAUAAGUUCUGCAAAUUCAGGUGAACCACAGACUGGACAAGAUCCAUCAUUAGGAGUUAAAGCAACAGAAAUUGCAAAUGAAAUUCAAAAGAAGGAUGUAGUGUGCACUAGUGUUCGUGGGAAUGAAUCAUGUAUUUGGGGAAAAAAUAAUAAAUAUUCAAAGCAAAAAAGAAAUAGUAAACAGCUUACACCAAGAAAAUCCUUAAAUGCAGAAGAAGUGCUAAAAGAAAUUCAUGAUGAGACUUACUCAGUUAGCAUAACUAAGGAGAGAGAUUCUGAAACCGUUGGAUUUUCUCCUGGGUAUAGUAAUUCCAAAAGCCCCAAAGAGAGUGUUAGACAAAGUAAAAAAAAUUCAAAUAAAAGUCCAUUAUCAGAGUUAUUAGCUCCGGAAAGGUUAACACCGAAAGAUGAAUCUUCUGCUAGCCAUAAACAUCACUCUGGAGCACGAAGGGGAAGACAAAUGAGCUCUGGCAAAGUGGCUGAAGAAACACUGGAGAGAGCUCCAUCUCAAGAACAUUACAAGAAUGUAGAUAUUAAAGGUAGCGAUGUUAAAGAAAAGCUGAGCACAGAGAACAACCAACAGAAAUUAGAGGUGGAAGAUGCUAAUAUUGUACUGGGACUUCACAGAUUGUCAUCAAAAAGAAGGUGCUCUGAAAGUGUUGCACUUCUGAGAGAUGAUGAAGUUGCAUCAGAAAGAAAUAUUUCUAGCCUACCUACUGAAGAGAAAAAGUCAGGUGAGACAAAGAGGUUACCUGAAAAGCGGAAAAGUGGAAAGCUUGAGUCGUUACAUCAGCCUUUUGGGAAAAGAAAGAGAGUGUCCUUUGGUGGUCAUCUCAGUCCUGAACUUUUUGAUAAAAGUCUACCACCCAAUUCACCACUUAGAAGAGGUGCAAUUCCAGCAAGGUUAAGCUUACCAUUUGGAAAUUCACCUCGUGCAGUUCUGAAGAAGGGACAGGGAUUCAAACGUCUUGUAAUCAAGGAUCUUUCAGAGCAUUUGCAGAGACAAAAAUCAUCACAAAAAAACUUGCCCGCCAGGAGGUCCCCGGCUGCCUCGCCGCCCGCCAGGAGGUCCCCGGCUGCCUCGCCGCCCGCCAGGAGGUCCCCGGCUGCCUCGCUGUCUGCCCUUGAAAAAAUAUCACCUAAGCUCACUGCAAACUCCCCAUCAAAUACACCAUUCACAAAAGGACGUUUCUCUAUUUCUCACAUUAGCACACUAUCUCCUACUUCAAAGGAGCAGGGUACUGCUGCAACAGAAAUUAAGGGAAGUGGUGGAGAUUUUACUGGAGUCAAGACACCUGAAUCUUUUCAUAUUAACCGGGAACAUCAAGUGUCUGUGCCAACUACACCUAAACAAUUAAUAAGGCGUAGUAUAAGAUUUUCUGCAAAGAGAACUCCCAUGAAGAGGAGGAGCGAUGCUGUGGAAAUAAUUCAUUCUAAAAGAAGAAGUGGUGCUUCUAAAGCCAAUUUGCUAGUUGCAAAAUCUUGGGCAGAAGUGGUGAAGUUCGGUGUUGCAAGACCACAAAUAAAAGCUGUUAAAAAAUGUGUUCUCAAAGGAAAAUCAACCAAGAAGUUAACAAAAUCACCAAAGACUCCAGCAAGAAAAGUAAAGGGUCAUUUUAGUACAGGUCAUGCAGAUUCUCCAGCUACAAUAGUGAUAGGAAGAGCUCAUACCACCACAGUGAAGCUGAUUGGAGAGGCCCCUAGAAUGGUCAAGAAUUAUGCUUUGAAACCAAACAUGGAUAUAAAUGAAAGCUUCACAGGAAUGACUGAGAUGUUUAAAACUCCAGUAGAUGAAAAUCAAAGACGUCCGUCUUUGUCUGCUGCUCACAAGACUGAUUUUACACCAUCAUGUGCUGACGUAGAAGGCUCUGAGGUACACACUCCAGAGGAAUCUGGAGAGAUGGUAAUAUCACCAUUAAGUACCUCAGGCAUGUCACAACAGAGAAAAGAUUGUCAAGAUGUUGUAUCUUGCUUCCUGAGAGUGGAGAAGUCUCCAAAUUCUGCUUUUGUGGCUGUUAAGUUAAAGCAGACUCCUAAAAAAGAGAGAACUGUACUGGAAAAGAAGGUGGAAAUGAAUAAUCCGUUAGUAAUGCCAGAAAAGCAUGCAACUGAGAUGAGAGUGGGAGCUAAAAGGCUUGUGAAGACUCCAAAGCAAAAGAUGGAACCCGUCGAGGCCCUCUCAGGCGUCAAAAGGCUCUUGAGGACUCCAAAGCAAAAGAUGGAACCCGUCGAGGCCCUCUCAGGCGUCAAAAGGCUCUUGAGGACUCCAAAGCAAAAGAUGGAACCCAUCGAGGCUCUCUCAGGCGUCAAAAGGCUCUUGAGGACUCCAAAGCAAAAGAGCGAACCCGUCGAGGCUCUCUCGGGCGUCAAAAGACUUUUGAGGACUCCAAAGCAAAAGACCGAACCCAUUGAGGCUCUCUCAGGCAUCAAAAGGCUCUUGAGGACUCCAGAGCAGAAGAUGGAACCUCUUACAGAUGAAAUUGCCUUAAAAAGAUUACUAAAGACUCCAGCACAAAAAAAGCAAGCAGUAAAUGAUCUGGUGGGAGUUCGUUUUAUGAAGAGAACACGAAAGCAGAAAUGUCAGCCAGUAGAAGACAUGAUAGGGAUCAGCCAUAUGAAAACAUCUAAGCAGAGAAUCCAAUCAGAAGAUACGGUAGGAAUCAAAAAGCUAUUGAAGACAUCAAAUGAAAGAGUUGAACCAGUAGAAGACAUGUUUGGUAUCAGCAGACUACUAAGGACACCAAGGGAAAAAUAUCUACCUGUUGAUGACUUUGUGGGACUGCAAAAACUUAUGGCUGAGCCUAAACUAAAAUAUUCAAAUUCUGAACUGGAUUAUGCUGGUGUUAAAGAAAUGUUUGAUACACCAAAGGAAAUUAAGGUCAAAGUUACGGAUCUCAUGCAAGAAAAUAAUUCUCUUCAUAUUGAUCCUAAAAGUGAACAUGAAUCCAGAGGAAAUUAUGAAAGAGAACUGAAGCGAGAGAAAAAAAUGGAAGAUUCACUUGAAAAAACAUCACUCCCAUUUGUGAGAUCAAGGAAUAGAAACAUUAAAAAUGAACAAGAAUUGCAAGAAAGCCUUGAACAUGCAUGUAUUUCACCUAAGGCGUCAGAAAUUGUGAAAAAUAUAGAAAAUAUUGAAAAAGAAAAAAUGAGUGAUAGCUCUCAGACAGAGAGCCAUAAUCUCUCAAAUUCAGUAAUCUCUCUUUUACUUGCCAAAAUAGAUCCAGUUCAGGAACCAGCUAUGCAAUUGCAAAGAGAAUUAAACCAAGAUUUGAAAGAUAGUGAUGAUAAAGAAUUGCUUUUUGAAAAUUCUGUUGCCCCACAAUUAAAUCUUAUCCAGGAAUCUAUCGAUUUGUCCAGUAAAGACAAAAAAUCUGCAAGGGCAAAACAGCAGAAAAUAGAAAUAAAAGAGAACCCCUUGUCGCUAAGAGAAUGUGAAGAAAAUCUAAAGAAGAAUGUAAAUGUACUAGAAUUACCAGUUCUGAUGAAAGAGAGGAUUGAAGACCAGAAGGAAGAGGCUGUUGCUUUCACUUCUGUAGUUAAAAAUCUAGGAAGAAAAAAGAGAACCAAUCAGUGUAUGCAAGAAGAAAUUAUUUCAAAAAUUCAUGUUCACAAACAACUUGACAAAAAUAAGGAAGCUGUUUCCUCAGUAGAAAUAAAUGGAACUUUUCAUAGCUCCAGAAGAGAUAAAAGGAGUCUUGAGUCUCAUGAUAAAGAUUCUUUAGUGCUACAAAGAGAAACUACAAGUAUGAAACAGAAUUUGCAGACUGUGCAUCAGUCUGUCACAAAUCAUAUUUUAAUAAUGGAAAAUGAUCAAAGUCUGAAGACAGCAAAUGUAUCUAGUAGCAGUAAAAAUGUAAGAGGGCACCCUCUGCAAACAGGGCUUAUAGCACUUGAAGAUAAGUCUGAUCAAGAUAGUGUAAAAAAUAAUGAAAAGGUGGCUCUGUCAGUUAGGAAGAGGUCUACAGGGGAGAAAAAAUUAGAAAUGCUAGAAUUAUUAGUUCCAGCUAAAAGAACCAGAAGAGGGAAAACUGAAGAUAACAAACAGGGAUUUACAGAUGAUGCAAAAGAAAAACCCCAAAGACAGACAAGAAGGAACCCUUGUAGAGCAGAAACAGAAAAGUGCAUACAAACAGAUAAAAAGGAUUUUGCCAACAGUAUCAUUGAGGCUGCUGCAGUAAAAGAAUCUGAAAUCAAUAAACCAACCCUUGAAAUUAUGGUAACAGAGAUGAAAGGAAGAAAAUCUUUGAGAGUAAAAUCAAGAAAGCAAUUAGAGGAAACAAAGAACGUAUGUACAGAGAUGGGACCUGAAAAUGUAAGAUGUGUCCAGGAAACCAAGAAAACAUCAAAAGAAACUGUAGUUAAAACACACAAAUCUAUAAAAAAUGAGACCAAAGCAUCUCAGGGAAACAAGGAAGCAGAAACAGGUCAAAGCUUAAAGUUAAAGAAGUCACAUUUUGAAAACACAAAUGAAGCACCACUUGAUGUUCAUAGCUUGCAAGCAAACAGGAAUUCAAUACAAAAAACUAAUCAAACACGUGGAAAUAAGAGAUUUCAAAAAGGUAUAUUGGACAUUAAGGAAGGUGAAUUUGCCAAGAAUGAAAAAAUGAUACCACAGAAUAUAUCAGAAACUGAACCAGAGACAAUUUCUACAAAAGACUCCCUAGGAUCUCUACAGACAGUGCAAAGUUCCAAAACCAAGGAAGCCUCAAACAAUCCAACUGUUGCAAUGGUAUACGGUCCUAAAGAUGAUGAGAAAACUGUUCUUAGACAUGGAAAGAGUAUAAGGAAAGGUGAUGGCAAACAGGAAGCAUCUGAAACCAAACAAAUAGAGAUUUUAGAAAAUAAUCCUACAGAAGCAAAUGAAAAUAUACCAAGAAGGGACAGAGGGAAAAAAGUUCAUUUUGAACUUGAGGAAGCCAGUUCUGCUUCUCUCAGAGGAAAACAAAUUUUACCUGAAGGUAAUGAUAAAGACCAAAAUGAGACUUCAGAAAACAUUCCUUCUCAAGCAAAUGAAAAUCUCUCAAGAAGGGGCAGAAGGAAAGAGGUUGAUCUCUCACCACAUGCAGUUAGUUCCACUUCUCUUAGAGAAAAAUACAGCUUGCCAGAAAGUGAUGCCAAAAAAGAAGCUGCUAAAAAAGACCAAGAUGCAGCUUUGGAAUCUACUGCUUCCCCAGCGAAAGAGAAUACAUCUAGAAGAGGCAGAAGGAAACAGGUUGAUCAUAAAGUGCUGGCAGCUAAUUCCACUUCUUUUGGACGAAAAUUCAGCUUGCCAGGAGAUGAAAAUGUGCCGUUGGAAGCUAUUAUUUCACCUAAAAAAGAGAAACUAUCAAGAAGGGGCAGAAGAAACCAAGUUUCUCUCACAUCUCAGGCUGCUAGUUGCACUUCUCUCCAAGGAAAAAGCAGCUUGCCAGAAAAUGAUGGUAAAGAGAAGGUCCCUAAAGAAGACCAAAAUGUGCCUUUGGAAAAUACUACUGAGGCAAAAGCUAAUCCACCAAGAAAGGGCAGAAGGAAACAGGUUGAGCUCACAACACAGGCAGCUAGUUCCACAUCUCUCCGAGGAAAAAGCAGCUUGCCAGAAAAUGAUGGUGAAGAGAAGGGUCCUAAACAGGACCAAAAUGUGCCUUUGGGAAAUACAACCGAGUCAAAAGCUAAUUCACCAAGAAAGGGCAGAAGGAAACAGGUUGAGCUCACAACACAGGCAGCUCGUUCCACUUCUCUCCGAGGAAAAAGCAGCUUGCCAGGGAAGGUUCCUAAAGAAGGCCAAAAUGUGCCUUUGGAAAACAUUACAUCCCAGGCAUCAAAAAGGGGCAGAAGGAAACAGGUUGCGCUCACAACACAGGCAGCUAGUUCCACUUCUCUCCGAGGAAAAAGCAGCUUGCCAGAAAAUGAUGGUAAAGAGAAUGGUCCUAAAGAAGACCAAAAUGUGCCUUUGGGAAAGACUACUGAGGCAAAAGCUAAUCCACCAAGAAAGGGCAGAAGGAAACAGGUUGAACUCACAACACAGACAGCUACUUCCUUUUCUCUCCGAGGAAAAAGCAACUUGCCAGAAAAUGAUGGUAAAGAGAAGGUUCCGAAAGAAGACCAAAAUGUGCCUUUGGAAAAUAUUACUUCCCAGGCAUCAAAAAGGGGCAGAAGGAAACAAGUUGAUCUCACAACACAGGCAUCUAGUUCCACUUCUCUCCGAGGAAAAAGCAGCUUGCCAGAGAAGGUUCCUAAAGAAGGCCAAAAUGUGCCUUUGGAAAAUAUUACUUCCCAGGCAUCAAAAAGGGGCAGAAGGAAACAGGUUGAUCUCACAUCACAGGCAGCUAGUUCCACUUCUCUCCGAGGAAAAAGCAGCUUGCCAGAAAGUGAUGGUAAAGAGAAGGUUCCUAAAGAAGACCAAAAUGUGCCUUUGGAAAAUACAACUGAGGCAAAAGCUAAUCCACCAAGAAAGGGCAGAAGGAAACAGGUUGAUCUCACAUCUCAUGCAGCUAGUUCCACUUCUCUCAGGGGAAAACGUCACUUGCCCGAGGAUGAAAAGGCAGCCAAAAAAUUAAAAUCAGAGUGUGGUGAAAGUAUAACUCUGCAGAAAGAAACAAGAAACAAAACUAAAGGAGAACUUGGCCAAGGUGGUAUAAGCAUGAUUCAGAGUGCUGGAGGAACAGAAAGGAAAACAAGAACAAGUGCAAGAACAAGAAAAUAACCUCCUUAAUAGUUGUAGAGCCAGUUUUGAAUUUUUUUCAGUAUUUGAUUUUGCAGUUUUUUUACGUACUUAGAUUUGAUAGAGUUGUAAAGCAUUCCGUGAAUUUAGGUAUAAUGGAGAUAUGUUUAUCUGUUUGUAUAAGUAGAAGAGAUACCUCUUUAAAUGGCAUAAUUCAGCCAAAUAUAUUUGCUUUCCAAACUGUUGUGAGCUUGUGAAAAAUUACAGCAACCAAAAAAAUUUGUGUGCCAACACUGAUGCCUCCUUUCAUUGAUGAUCAUUUCAGCAGUCUGGAAGUUGUAUUACUUUGCUGAAUCUGCCCAUAUGUAAUUGUACGUUCUUAUCUAGUUAGCGUAAUUUUGGGAUACUGAAGUUUUAUUUUUUCAUGAAAGUUCUGUAAAUAUCCUUUUAAAAAAGUCUACAAGUUUUUAUUGGCAAAACUAUUAUGUGGGAAUUCUGAUUUAACAGCUUAAAUUGACUACUGCAAAAAAUGCAAAUAGAUUUUUAUAAGAGUUAAUAAAUUUUGUAAAUGUUAA